AUGUUAUUGGUGUUUUUGAUGUUGAGUGUUGCCAGCGCGAGUCAAGAGUGCUAUUGGAACUCUGAAUGUCCGUAUAGCUUGUAUUCUUCAAAGACCCCUUAUGAUACAGUUAGAGGGGAUUUGAGAGAUUACCAAAUACCGAACAAUUGUGAAGCCGUCAGUGUUUGGACGCUCAACCGCCAUGGAAACCGCAACCCUGGGAAGAGUGUAACCGUCAGCGUCAAAGAAAUAGCUGACCUCAAAGAUGAAAUUAUUAACAGUUACAACGCCGGCAAUAGUCAACUGUGUGCUCAGGACAUCGAGGAAUUCAAGAAAUGGACUUGGAACGAGACCCUGGAGAUAUCGCAAUCUUUCCUCACGGGCACUGGUUACGAGGAGUUAUACGACAUCGGAAAAAGGAUCCGGGAGAAAUAUCCUCAUUUAGUCGAAGGAUCUUCGAAUGAUUUCUAUUUUAGGCCCACUAAUGAACAGAGGACCAUCACCAGCGCUGUGGCCUUCGUGCACGGGCUCACGGAUGGUACAAGCCUGAAUGUCAGCAUCGACGAAGUGCAAGAAAGAGAUGAUGUUAUCCGGCCAUACGAAAACUGCGAUCGCUACCAGGAGAAGGUCAAGGGUGGAACGUCGCUGGAAGAACAUCUCGACGCUUAUUACAAAACGACCGAAUUUGUGGCUGUUCAAAAUGCGGUGCAAAGGAGACUUGGCAUCCCGAGCCGGCUGUCACCGGACGACAUCUACUCGUUUUACGAGAUCUGCCGCUUCUACCGGUCCUGGACUCAGAAUCUGAAGUCUCCCUGGUGUGCUGUAUUCUCUGAUGAAGACCUAGCAGUUCUGGAGUACAGGGACGACGUAAGGCACUACCAUAGGAACGGAUAUGGAUCCUGGGUUAAUGUGAACCUAGGUCAUCUUCCAAUGAAGAAUCUGUAUGAGAGCUUUGAAGCAGUAGUCGAAGGUCGAGGGAAGAAGAUAACCUCAUAUUUCAGCCACGACACCAUGAUGGAGAUGGUGUGGUGUGCUCUGGGCAUCUACAAAGACGACUUCGAACUGCAAGGGGGCCGCCGAGAACUGAACCGUCUCUGGAGAACUAGUUACAUCGGAGCCUUCUCUGUUAACCUCAUUGCUGUUUUAAAUAAGUGCACUGUAUCCGGUACUCAGUCCUACCGGGUCCAGCUCUUCGUAAACGAGAAGGCAACCGAGCUCUGUCCUCUAGAGGGCUGCACUUGGCAACAGUUCCAGCAGAAAUUCCAGCCCUUCGCAUCAGCCAACCUGGAGUUCUGCAGCCUGGACUACCGGGUCCCCGAGACGAACGCCGCGCCCGGUGGGUGGAACUCCUUCUCCUGGGCGCUGCUUCUACAAACAGUAUUAUUACUAAUUUGGAAAUUUAUUUAUUAAUUUAUUCAGAUAACACACACGCGGUCCAGCGUUCCCAUCGUCAUAAUAAUGUAAUAUAAAAAUGUAUUUGAAAAAGUCGCAUA